ACCUCAACCAAAUUUUACCUUCUCCCAAGGUGCAAAGCUGAAAAAAAAAUGCAAAGUAAAAACCCCAUUUUACCCUCCUCUUGUCCAUAAAGCAAAGGUUAAAAAAGAGAGGAAAAAAUACAUAGAGAGUAUGUAAGUAAAGUCAAGAGCUUCACUAAACCUAGUUUUGCCCAAAAACCCAAAAAGAAAGCCUCACUCACUCCCUUUCCCCUCCUCUCCACCAUUUCGUCGAACACCCUCUCCGAUCGCGCGCCGCCGCCGCCGCCCAUGGGGGAGCCUGUCGCGGCCGAGGCGGCCGUCUCGGCGAGGCUGCUUGAGCUGGCGGCCGACGACGACGCGGCGGGGCUCGGGGAGCUCCUCGCGGCGUGCCCCUCCCUCGCCGACGAGCCCGCGCCGUGGUACUCCCCCGCGCGCGGCGCGGAGCCGCUGACCCCGCUCAUGGUCGCCGCGGCGUACGGCUCGGUGGCGUGCCUCGACGUGCUGCUCUCGCCGCCGUACCUCGUCGACCCCAACCGCGCCUCCGCGACGUCGCUCUCCACGGCGCUCCACUUCGCCGCCGCGGGAGGGGCCUCCUCCGCUCCCGCGGCCGUGUCCCGCCUCCUCGCCGCCGGCGCCGACCCCACGCUCCUCGACCACCUCCAGCGCCGGCCGUCCGACCUCGUCGCGCUCCCGCCCAACUCGCUGCCGCUCAAGAACCACCUCCUCUCCCUCCUCGGAGCCCGCAAGGAGUGGCCGCCGGACCCGUCCCUCCCCGACAUCAAGAACGGCGCCUACGCCUCCGACGACUUCAGGAUGUACUCGUUCAAGGUGCGGGCGUGCUCGAGGGCGUACUCCCACGACUGGACGGAGUGCCCCUUCGUCCACCCCGGCGAGAACGCGCGGCGGCGCGACCCGAGGAAGUACCACUACAGCUGCGUGCCGUGCCCGGAGUUCAAGAAGGGGGCCGGGUGCAGGAGAGGGGACAUGUGCGAGUACGCGCACGGGGUGUUCGAGAGCUGGCUCCACCCGGCGCAGUACCGGACGCGGCUCUGCAAGGACGGCGUCGGGUGCGCGCGCCGCGUCUGCUUCUUCGCGCACACGCCGGAGGAGCUCCGCCCGCUCUACGUGUCCACGGGCUCGGCCGUCCCGUCGCCGCGCGGGGCGAUGGAGAUGGCUGCUGCUGCUGCGGCGGCGGCGGCGGCGAUGGGGAUGGGGAUGUCGUCGCCGGGGUCGUCGUUCACGCCGCCGCUCUCGCCGUCGGCUGGCGGUGGAGGGGGAGGCGGGAUGGGCGGCGGCGGCGGCGCGUGGCCGCAGCAGCCGAGCGUGCCGGCUCUCUGUCUCCCCGGGAGCGCCGGGAACCUACACCUGAGCCGGCUGCGCACGUCGCUGAGCGCCCGCGACAUGGCCGUCGACGAGCUGCUCGCGGCGGCGGCGGCGGCCGACUACGACGGCCUCAUCGGCUCGCCAGCCUCCCUUCUGUCAGCAAGGGGGAAGAACCUCGUCCCGUCAAACCUCGACGACCUCUUCUCGGCCGAGCUCGCGGCCGCGUCCCGCUCGCCGCGCUACGCCGACCAAGGCGGCGCAGCUUUCUCUCCCACCCGCAAAGCCGCCGUGCUCAACCAGUUCCAGCAGCAGCAGCAGAGCCUUCUCUCGCCGCGGGCGGCCGCCGUCGCCCCGGAGCCAGUCUCCCCGAUGAGCUCCCGUCUGCUCGCCGCGCUGGCGCAGCGGGAGAAGAUGCAGCAGCACACACUGCGAAGCAUGAGCUCGCGAGACCUCGCCGCGGGCGCGUCGCUCCUGGUCGGCUCGCCGGUGAGCUCCAGCAUGUCCAAGUGGGGCUUCCCCUCCGGCAACCCGGACUGGGGCGCCGACGACGAGGAGCUCGGCCGCCUCAAGCGCUGCUCCUCGUUCGAGCUCCGGUCCGGAGCCAAUGGCAGCCAUGAGCCUGACCUCUCAUGGGUCAACACCUUAGUCAAGGAGCCCACACCGGAGAAACCAUCCGUCCACAGGACGACGAUUACGACAGCGGCAAUGGAUUCCAUUGGCAUCUUGGGUCAGACCACGAGCCGUGAGCACAUCGUCGGCGAGGAGGACACUGCCGGAGUCAUCAGCAGCUGGCUUGAACAGCUCCAGCUCGAUGAGAUGGUAGUCUAGAACAAACACAAACACAAAUGGAACAAGAAAAGGCGCCAUUUUUUUUGUUGCUGUGCUUCACCGAUUUCUACUGGUUGCUACUUGCUAGCAUGAAUCCUGCUACUAAUUACUGGUGAUACAUUCUUUUGGAGGUGAUGAGAAUUCUUUAGAGGAGGUGAUGAGAAUUCUUCUACCAUCUAGCAUUGCCCAUAUGUAAAAGAAUUGGAGGAAUUGGAGCCUAGUCAUUUGUAUCAAAUUGCCGGCUUGCCUAGGUGAAAGUUUUCUCCUUUGUGUUUCCAAUUUAUUAUCCUUGUAUCACUCUUUCAUCUAUUUUUCUGGUUUUUUUCUCUCUAAAUGUAACUUCCUCCUUGUGAGGAUCAUGAAUUAUGUUAUCUAUUUGCCCCCAUCCUUUGGUUGUAAAGGAGUAGGAGGGGAGGGUCUUACAUUAAAUGUUGCUUAGUCUGACAUAGCUCAUCAUUGAUGUAAUGCCCUACAGAUUGUACUCAACCUUAAUGAUUAGUGAAAACUUCUCUAUUGUUGUACCAAGAUUGAUUAGGCUCCUGUGUUACCUGGUUUUCUCCACAAAGCGCAUCUUAUGUAUGU